CUUACGCAGAAGCUGUCAAAAACGGCCCAAGAAACCAUGAAGAAUCAGAUUGUAGAGAGCCAAUGCAUGUCAUGGGAAUAAAGAAACAGUGGCGUAAGAGCAAAGUGAAUCAAGAGCAAUGGCAGGGUCUAGAGGUGAUGGCAGAGGAAGAAGAUUUGAGAUGGCUUCAAGACUGCUUCGUCGGCACAGUGAAAAGCCCAGAGACUAUCAGCACUCUUCAAGACAAAUUUCUCAUGGAGGGUUAUUUUUUUGCCAAAGUAACUCCGAUGGGAGGAAGAUUAGUCUUGCUGUCAUCUGUUGAUCAUGAGGAGUUAAAAGAUUUAGUUGAUAAUGGGAAGGAUUGGUUGGCACAGUGGUUCUCCGAUGUGAGACCGUGGAAGCCAACAGAAGUAGCUUUUGAAAGGUUUACUUGGCUAAGGUGCCAAGGUGUCCCUGUACACAUUUGGAGAAGCAGUUUCUUUGAAACUGUGGCCCAUUUAUUCGAGAAAUUCAUAUCACUAGACGAUAGCACAAUCAAAAAGAAGAGGUUGGAUCUGGCAAAAAUUCUUAUAUUGACCCCAGUCCAGGAAAACAUUCAAAGGGUCUUAAGAGUCAAGGUGGGAAGGAUUAUCUUCCAAAUUCAUGUGAAUGAGGAGAUUGGAGUAGAUAAUUUGUUCAGCUUGAGAUCAGAUUUUAUUUUAAUUAGUGAUGGAGUAUCAACCUCAGAGAAAUGGUCGGAUGAGUCUAGCGGCGACUUCAAUGAAGAUGAUAAAUGGGAUGGCAAUUGGCAAUUAUCAGAAGAGGACGAGGAAGUGCAGCAACUCCCGGAGAUGGCAGAAAUAGCGCCGGUGGAGUCAGAACGGUCAUUGAAUUUGAGUAUGGAGGAAGUAAAGAUCUCUGAGAAGAUCUGUGUGCAUGAGGGUUCAUUAAAUGCAGCAUGCCAAAAUUCAAAUUCAUUGGCUGCGGAUGAGGAACUCGAGGUGAAUGACUCAGGGGCUGCAUUGGAAAAUACUCUGAAGAGCUCAGAAGACAAAAGGAGUGGAAGCCGGCAUCUAAACAAUGGAGAUCCUAAUCCAUAUUGCCACCCAAAUUCAAGUCAAGGCCCAAGUCAAAAGACCUUUGCUUUGGGCCAAAGCUCACUGAUCCAAGUUGGGGCUAAGCCCAAAGGUGAUGACAAGGGGGACAAUGAAAAAGCAGAACUUAUUGAUAAAAAAAGAAACAAAAAGGUAGAGUCGGCAACUCAAUCUAAAUAUGCAGUGAAACUAAGCAAGGGGGUGUCUCCGAGUCGAAAUCUUGGAGAAGAAAAAGGGAUCCCGGAUGAGUCACCAAGAUCCCAAGAGGAAGAGGAUCGGCAAACUCAACCUUUUUGGGAAGGGCUAGCGAGUGAGGACGAGAUUUUGCAGUCAAGAGCAGAGAGGUUAGCAAGAGAUAAAAAGAGGAAAAAACAAAUGGAAAGAAGAAUGAGGAAGUGGAUUGAGGUCAGAUGGCAAAAGAGAAAGGAGAGUAAGAAGCAGAUCUUGAGUAAGGACGCAGAUAACAGGAGGGGAGAUGCACCAAUUGUUCAGACGGAGCCCCCGACACAGAGACCGGAGUUGAAGAAUAGCUGCUGGAGAGAAGUAGAGGAGAUAUGGUCUCUAGGCAAACAAUUGGGCUUAGUCGACAAGAAAAACGCAGAAGAAAUCAUCCUAAGACUAAAGGAGAUGGAGGAAAGAGAUCGCGCAGCACUUGCUACCCAAAAAGCAACAGCGAAGGGUAUGGGGGACAGCAAGAAGAGAAGAGGAUUGCGCGAUUUAAUUAGGAGAGAGGGAGCAGAUAUUGUAUUCAUCCAAGAAUCGAAGAUGGAGGUAUGUGACGACAGGAAAUGCAAGUAUGUAUGGGGUGGGGACAACUGUAGGUGGGUAAUGAAAGCUGCUCACGGGAAAUCUGGAGGUAUUUUAUGCUUGUGGAACUCUAAUUUAUUUGAAUUGAGCAAAGAUCUUGUGGGAAGUGGAUUCUGUGGCAUGUACGGCUUCUGGGGAGUAGAUAAAUUGCCUUGUUACUUUCUGAAUGUUUAUGCUCCUUGUGAUAGUCUGGGUAAACAGUUGCUAUGGAAAGAGAUUUUAGAUCUAACGGAGGUGAGUGAUGGUGGUAAUUGGUGCAUAGGAGGUGAUUUUAAUGCAAUCCGUAGUAGAGAAGAGAAAAGGGGAAGACACUUUAACAACACUGCCAUGAGAGACUUUAAUAGUUUUAUUGAUGAAGCAGGUCUAGAAGACUUGCCGAUGACGGGAAAGAAAUUCACAUGGUUCAAGACUGAUGGAUCAGCAAUGAGCAGGCUAGAUAGAUUUUUGGUGUCUACAGGGUUUCUCAUAAACUUUCCUGAUCUAAUUCAAAAAGAAUGGAACAGGGAGGUGUUUGGGCACAUUGACAGGAACUUAGAGAAGAUAAGAUGCGAGAUUAAGAAUUUAGAUGACAAAGCUGAGAAUGGAGAAUUAUCAGAAACUGAAAUUGAACAGAGGAGAUCUUACUUUCAGCAAGUUUGGGAGUGGAACUCGAGAAAGGAUAGCCUACUAUGUCAGAAAUCAAGGCAGAAAUGGCUUCAGGAAGGUGAUGCCAACAGCAAGUAUUUCCAUGGGUGCAUUGUUAAGAGAAGAAGAAGAAAUGGGAUAGAAGGAGUUGUGAAGAAUGAGGCUUGGGUUGAGGAAGUUCCAGAGGUGAAAAAAGUUAUAAAAGAAUUCUUUGAACUCAAGUUCCAAGAGCAAGAAUGGGAUAGACCUAGCUUAGAGUUAAAUCAGUUAAAGCAACUAAGCCCAGAGGAUAACAGCUGGCUGACGGCAGAAUUCUCAAAAGAAGAAGUAAAGGCAGCGGUAUGGAAUUGCAAUGGGAGUAAAAGCCCCGGACCAGAUGGUUUCAACUUCAACUUCAUUAAAAAAAUGUGGCCAACCAUAAAGCAAGAUAUUGUAGACUUUGUGAAAAAAUUUUGGGCGAAUGGGAGAUUGGUGAAAGGAAGCAAUUCAUCUUUCAUUGUCUUAAUCCCAAAGAAAGAAUCCCCCCAAGGCUUAGGGGAUUACAGGCCUAUAUCCCUAGUCGGUUGCCUGUAUAAAAUUAUCUCUAAGCUUCUCGCUAACAGAUUAAGGAAGGUGAUGCCAACGAUCAUCAGCCAAAACCAGUCAGCAUUUGUUGGAAAGAGAUUCAUAGCAGAUGGUAUUGUCAUUGCUAAUGAGAUUAUCCAUGAAGCUAAGAAGAGAAGGAGGCCCACACUGAUAUUCAAAGCUGAUUUUGAAAAAGCCUACGAUAGUGUCAACUGGAAGUUCCUAGAGUUGAUGAUGGAAAAAUUCGGAUUUUGUCUGAAGUGGAGAAAGUGGAUCAAGGAAUGCCUAUCUACUUCAUCUGUUUCUGUUUUGGUGAAUGGUAGUCCUACAGCGGAAUUCAGCAUGGAAAAAGGACUGCGACAAGGUGAUCCCUUAGCCCCAUUCUUAUUCCUUUUAGUCGCUGAAGCACUAAACGAGCUGAUUUACAAAGCAAAGGAGUUAAAUUUGUACAAAGGAGUGGAGAUGGGAGAGGAACGUCUGGAAGUCACACACCUCCAAUUUGCUGAUGACUCUAUAUUCUUCUGUGAUGCUUCUGACUUGAAUAUAAAAGCAAUCAAAGGGAUUCUCCGAACCUUUGAGCUUGUUUCGGGUCUCAAAGUGAAUUUUUUCAAAAGUGCUUUGUAUGGAAUCAAUGUAAAGGCUGAAGAUAUAAGUAAAUGGGCAGAAUCUCUAAACUGUAUGGUGGGUGAUAUUCCUUUCAAAUAUCUCGGGGUACCAGUUGGAGCUAAUCCAAGGAAGUUUUCAACCUGGGCACCUAUUAUUGACUGCUUGAGACUCAAAUUGUCAGGUUGGAAAUGCGAAUCGCUGUCAUUUGGUGGAAGAAUUGUUCUUCUGAAUGUUGUCCUAUCAAGCAUCCCAGUCUACUUCUUUGCAAUCAUGAGAGCCCCCAUAAAGGAUCUUGAGAAGCUGUUGAAAGAAUGCAAACUAAUGAAAGGAAAGCAAGACUUCUGGAGUUGGAAGCAUGAUUCGAAAGGAAACUACUCAACAAAAUCUGCCUACUCCCUUUUAAAUAACAGCAUUGAGGAGCCAGGAUCAAUUCAAUUCAACAAGAUUUGAAAUUCUAAGGUGCCACUUAAAGUUUCAGCUUUUGUGUGGAAACUCUUACAAGAUAGAAUUCCUACAGGUGAAAAUUUGCUAAAAAAAGGUAUGGCUGGAGGUGAACUGGAUUUUGCAUGCAUUUUCUGUGGAAAACAUAUUGAAUCAACAAGUCACUUAUUC